AUGGCCAGGGAUACAAUCCACGGGUCCCUGUGGAUAUUUUGCGCAAUAUGGCUCUAUUUUAUUAGAGGCAUUUACGCAAUUGACUGUGACUUCGGAGGCCCGCGCGCAUUACUCAGCAACAAGGCGCUUGUCGCGUGCCACUAUGACCUCAAUAUCGCCUAUAACGUAUCUGCGAGCUGCCCAAGCCGAGUCAACGACACCGAGUAUGUAUGGCAUCCUCAACCACGAGGGGGGAGGACAAUAGAUCUCAACACGUAUGUGGGUGAAAAUGGCAAAAUUAAUUCAAUCGCCAUUUCGGAAGUAAUGCCAUCCGAAGCUCCUAGGCCGCUUAUAUGGCUGGAAUCUAUUCCAUCGCAAAGUAUUUUACAUCUGGACUUGCCAAGCGAUGAAUUGUAUGUCAUAAAGAAACGCCGUUUGAUAUACAUCUGCGCUCCGAAAAAUUUAGUUCUCAGUGAUGCUUUGCAAGGUCACCUGGAUGGCCUUAGUGGCCCUCGAGUUGUGGAAAUUCCUUGGACCUCCAACACUCCAUUGACUGACGAAAUUAAGCAAUUCGGUGCAGGUUUGGGUGUGUUGUUCUUGUACCGGAACAGCGAACAUUUGCCGUUUCAAGGCUGCGGCAGUCGCCCCUCGCCUCUAUUCGCCCCGGAUAAUGAGGUGGAUAUAGAUCCCGAGACUGGUACACGCUCAUGCGUGGCUGAUCCUAUGUCAGAGUCACCUAUUGGGUUCCUGUGCGAAGGUAUCGUUGCACCUUAUGAUUGCAUGAUAUCACUAGUGGAUAAGCAUGGCAAAGUUGUGAAGGCUCCCCGGCCACAUUCGCACAGGACCUUCGGGAGACAGUCGCCUUGGGUGGUGUCGAAAUACUUCUCUGGUUUCUCAUUGCCACCCAUAAAUGGCAGAUGCUAUUGCAUAGAUAACAAAACGUAUCGGGUGAUCGCAAAGAUUGAUAUCCGUCCAAAAACCGAAUACGUCUGUGACAUUGCCAGUAUGUUAAAAAACAAACAUGCAAAAAAUAUCAGUGGCCCCUGGUGCUCGGUGGUUCUACAUCCGGGCAGCACGUUGACCAUAAAGUUGCCCAAACAGAUAGUCAAAUCGGGUACUAUCAACCGAAAUUCCGAAGAAGUCUCUGACACGGAUUACUCGACUGAUGCACUCUCACAAGUGCCAUCUGCCUAUGAGUACGAAGCUAACAUUCUGCCACACGACCUAAAUACUAUGAGAGAAUUGAACAGCUAUUAUGACCUCGAGAGUUAUGACGAAAUAUUGUCUCCACAAACCCUAAUCGGCGAUGCCCUAGAAUUGGAUGUGUCACAAAUUGACCAUGGAGAGGUAAAACUGAAGUACCAUCCGGAUAUGCCACUUACAUCCAAAGGGAACCAGAACUCAUUCUUCUUUCAUUAUGUACUGAAAUGUAGAGACGAAAAGGUUAUGGAAAGAAUACGAGCCAUCGUGAAAAUAUCCUUGGCUCUUACUCACGAAUACCAUAUCAUUGGUUGCGACCGAGGACCACAGAGCAUCUUCGACCCAAACAUAAGCACGAAACAUUGCUCGGUAAAAUCCAUGGGAAAUGGUAUAGGGGAUGUUUACGAAUGUAGGUCCCGUAUUGAGAAGGGCUUCAAGCCGUCCGGCAUUCACUGCAGGCCAGACGAGGAACUCUUGCCAGCUAAUUCUGAGUCAAAAGUAUACGAUGUUAACAAGAAUAAGAUUGUUUCAAUACCUGUAUCUCUGGAAAGCAGUAAUCCCCGAGGCAUUCCAGGGUUUAAGGUGCUAAAAUUCAAAAACCUAGAUAGGCUGUCCACAUACGCCUUUAUCUGUGUCGACAAAAAUGGAUACGAAACGUCCAGACUUGUUUUAGAGCGCAUGUAUGAAUCAAUGUCUGCAUACAACAGUCCUAAUCAAAAACUGUACAACAGAAUGAUGCAAUCCAUGUUGUUUCCUCCUGUUAAAGUUAGUAUGUUUAUUGAAGGAUUCGCAUCAGGAAUGUCUCUUAGAAUACGGUAUGCACACAUGGAUCGUCUUACACUAUUUGAAGGCGAAACAAUGACACUGUCUUGUGAAAAUGGCUCGGAUGGUUUCCGCGUACCUAACCUCCUUAAGGUUCACAACAGCCAACAGAGAACAUUGAAGUGGUUACCGGAAAACCCUCAUGAAUAUCACUAUACUGGAAACCACACAAUAGAUGGCUUGGAACUUUCUCUUACGGGGCACAACGAUUCAAUAGUUACGACACCGGGUGGGUUUUCGGUUGCGCAUCACUACGCCACAGCAAAAGAACAUCUGUUAAAAAUAACAACGCGUAUGGACGCUGUAAUCGUAUCCAAAACGUCAUCUCGCAAGUUGUAUGUGCCCAUGAUGUUUGUAUGCGGCAAGGUGCCCAAAUCAUCAGAUUCGUCCACAAUCACAGGCGAGGCACCCGCAUUAGGUGCUUCCCCACCUUCAAGUCCUGUUGUUUUAGGAUCAUCCUCAGAGGACACUUGGCAUGUCGUUGAAGUUGACAUUAUGGUCACAGAUCCCUACAUGCACGGCUGCGGCGUAACGUACGAGUCCACUCAGUUUUUCAAGCCCGAAACACCCAAGCUCUACGAUGCUAUUGGACAAAACGUCGGUUGUAAGAUCGAUUUUCAAGAUUCCAAUGAAGCGGCGUUCUACUGCCCAGCUCCAUACGUCCUUGACCCACCCGGUUGCUUUAACAAUGUCUUUGUUGACGGCAUAGUCAAGAAUGUGGAAGAUCUUAGCGACGCGUUGGUCGCGUCGAGAACAUCUCACUUUGUCACACUUAAGUUAGAAAGCAAACGCGUGGGACCGGGGGAAACGCUACGCAGGACCCCGCCGUUGGAGUGCCGAUGUGUCACCAUCAAGGGCAUAGUGCUGUCUACUAUCCAGAUCGAGAACUACUACGCCAAAGAAUUGGUAACUGUGGUGCAAUAA